AUGCAUUUCACAUCCGAUAAUGAUACUCUGGUUUGUGGAUGUCUAUUAGCCUCUUGCGAGGACUACAGAUGCCCGUUUGAUGGGUUAGAACUUGAAGAAAGAAAACCAACAGUUACCAUCAUAAAUCCUCUAAAUAACGUUUCCCUGUCAGAUCCGCAUUUUGAACCUGUCGAUGCUAGAAACUUCGUGUUGUGGCCCUCCGCUCCACCAAGCGCUUUGACUGAAUGUACUUUUAUGGAACAGGAUGAAGGACCUUCCUGGGUGUCGAAGGUGCAGAGAGAGAUUCCGUAUUUGUUCUCAGGUUCCUACAUCAGCCUUAACGAUGAAACAAUUUUAGUUGGUAGUCCAGAUCACAAAUAUGUCACGAUGUUAAAUGUUGGUCUACUGCAGAAGGAGUCCGACUCGACUUACUCCUCGAACGUUAACAUGGGUGUCAGGGAGAUUAUUUUUUCUAUGGAAGGCGAUGCAAUAUACGUUGUAAGUUCAGGCAGGUUUGUCUACAUUAGUUCAGAAGUGGUAGAGAUAACCAUCUGGAAACUGUCAAGUCGAGAAUUUUUGAAGACAAAGACAUUCUUUGGCCCUGUGUCGAUUGUUCCAACGAAGGAAGGUCUUGUACUCUUUAAAAAUGAUCGUGUAGCAGAGUUGUGGAAUUUCGACCUGUCGGAGUGCAUUCGAAGUAUUGUUAAACUUACCAGUGAUACUAGUAUUGUGUAUUCAGUAACCUUGAUACCAGUAUCAGAUGAACUGAUAGCCUUUUAUUAUUCGCCACAAUCACGGGAAUCAAUUUAUAUCAGAAGUCUAGAAGAAUCUGAAGAAAACGAAAACUUACACGACGACCUGUUAGAGUGUACACCUCUCGAGGAUUGUACAGAUUAUUGUCUUGACGUUAUGAGCACAACCGGCGUUCAGGGGAGAAAGCUUGUGUCCUCGCUAAGGUUGACACGUUACGACGAAUGCGGAUACUUAUAUAGCAUUUCAUGCAAUAGUCCGAGCAAUGUUUUGGUUUGCCGUUUUGCAGGGCAAUCCUGGGGACCUAUAGACGAGGGGGUGGUCACAGUUAGUUUAUUAAACAAAGGAUCAAUUAAGUGGGAACGAAUCGCGGAUAAUUCAUAUCUUCGCGACGAACACAUGAUUUUCUCGCCUAAGAAUGAGUUUGUUGUUACGUGGAACACUCUCGACGAAGGUCAAGGUCUACAUGUUCUUGACGCAGAUACUGGAGAAACACUGCACGUCCUUCUUAGAGACCAGAACGACAUUAUUGAAUGUAAGUUUUUAAAUGAUGAAACUCUCGUAUGCUGCAGUGGGGACAACUUCCUUCGAUUGUGUAAUGUCAGAACCGGACAUCUGCUAAGUGUUCUAGACAUUGGAGAGCAACCGCUCUGUUUGGGAGCCUGUCUGAAUCAGCCUCUUGUCGCCAUCGGUUUGUCCGGCACAAGAAUAAAAUUCGUCCACGUACAGUUGCCAACAGAAUCUGAAAAGAAGUAUUAA